AUGAAUAAAUUAUUUUUUUUCCAACGGCAAAUUUGCAAAUUUGUCACUAAUGUUAAUAAGAGUGAAUUCCUUAAAUCGUUCAAUAUUGAUCAUACCCCUAUCACGCACAAUAUAUCCAUUACCAAUGUUAAUAAUCAAAAGUCAGAAAUUGAUUCCAUUAAAAAUGGAAAACAACAACAAUUUAGAUUACAUACAAGUGAUAAAUCAGAUGAUUCGAACUCUUCUAUGUAUAGUAAACAGUCAUUAUGGCCAGAGCUUGAGCAAUUGGAACUCAAAUAUAAGAAUGAAGUUAAACGUGGUAUGACCAAGAAAAUAUGCUCAAAAUAUAUUAAAAAGAUUAGUAGUGACACUGACAUAUAUAAAUGCCUCGAACAAGCUGAAAUAUCAAUUCCCAUAACUGCCCAUUCAUCCAGACCUAAUGGUGAAGGUAUAUUACCCAGUGGUAGACACAGACCCAGCUCCACUACUAUAUUGGAAAGUGAACUUGGUUUGACUGGUAAUAAUUUGCUGGUGAAUGAUCUAAAAUUGCCAAAUAAUGAAUCAAUUGAAUCAUCCAAUGGUGCAUUUGAUGAGUUAAAUAAGACAAUUGUAAGUAAUGACAAGGAGGUUGGUGUUAAUGAACUUAUAAUCGGAGGUAAAACACUUGAUAUGAAUAUUAUAAAGACAAUUUACGGUACGACCGAUCCAAAUGAAAUCAUUGCCAAUUCACCUGCAUCUGUCAUCAAAGCAAAUACUGGUAUGGAUCCAGAGACAUGGAUAAAUAUGGAUAUAUCCAAACUGGUAAUCCAACAAAAAUUACAAAAAUCACGUUCAAGUAGUGAUAUUUUGGAAAUUUAUAAAGAAAAUUUCACCGAAAUAAAUUACGUUAAUGCGGUAACUGCAUUGCACAGAAUAGCUAAAAAUUCAAAAAAUCAUGAAAGAUACACUCUAUCUAAUGAUCCCACGAUGAAUAAAUUGUUAGAUCACAUAUAUUCAUUCAUUCCUCAAAUGGAUCAACAAUCAAUAACUAACACACUAUGGGCCCUUACUAGACUAGAAAUUAGACCGAAUUGGAUAUCUAAUCUAUUUCUUAAGCUUAUACCACUGGCAAACAAACUGACUCCUUCAGAGCUCAGUAUGUCAUUGUAUUGUGUAGCAAAGUUUAACUCUAGCUCGAAAAAGCGGUUGGUCACAAAUCAAAUUAACAAGAGUACUGCUUAUACAAUUAAAGAUACAUUACUUACAAUUUCUAGGCAAAGGAUAGAAGAAUUUAAAAUGCCCAUUGAGUUAACGUGUAUUGCCACUUCAUUUGCCAGGUUAAAUGUUAGGGAUUCUCAUGUUUUCAGGUAUAUUGCAGAUAAAUCACUGCAAUUAUUCGAAAUGAAUAAACUAGAUGUUGAGCAUAUAUGCAGUCUUAUUUGGUCAUUUGCCAGAGUUAACAUUGUAAAUACAUCAUUGCUUGGUCAUUUCUGUAAGUUUAUUGAGAAAAAUGCCGACAAAUGUGCAUUGAGGGAUUUAGUAAACUUAUGCUGGUCAUUAUCUAAGCUAAAUUACACCCCAAAUGAACUGUUCAUAUACACCAUGUCACCAAUGUUACGUACGUUCAUUAGAGAUAUGAAUAGUAGGGAUGUAUCUAUUAUUGCCUGGUCAUAUUCUAAUGCUGGCAUUCAGGACAACGAAUUAUUCAAAGAUUUGAGCCUUAAAAUAGCAGCCAAUGUAAACGAUUUAUCAGCCCAAGAUAUCGCAGCGCUGAUUAAUUGUUUUAGCCAUAUGAGUAUGAAUGAUAAAUCAUUAUUCCGAUCAUUAUUUUCACGGGCUUACAUUCUAGCAACUGGUAAACAUUUUACUCCAGUACAAAUAAAGACAAUAUUGAGAGGUUUGGCAAAUGCUGAACUUAUGGCACCGAAUAAAUUGGUUGAUUGCCUGAGUAGUUUGGCAAUUGAUCAUAAGAAUUCAUUUGAAAUUGACUUGAUUACAGUUAUUACCUCCUUAUCCAAAUUAGGGGUCGAUUCUAUGAAAUAUGAACCACUGCUAUUUGAAACAGAAGGAAUUGUACACAAAAUGUAUGUUGAAGAUUGUAUUUCAUUAUUAAACGUUUUUAUUAACGAAGCUAAUCAGUCAAAUAAUUUUGUAGGAUUGACCGGCAAAAGAUUGAUUCUAGCCAAUGCAUAUCUAUCACAAUGUUGUUCUAGAGCCAGAAAUAAAUACAAUUUUACCACCAUUUUGGCUGCAAAUUUGUUGAAUAGCAUGUACAAACUAAACCUCAGCAGCCCAGAGUUAUUGCACAUUAUUAUGAAACAAAUUAUACCCCUGAUAAAUCAUUCAACAAUUGAAGAGUUUUGUUUAUUAUUAGGUGCACUAUCAAAUACAGAUUAUUCAGAUAGAGCUAUUAUUAGAACUCAUAUUCAUCGUAGACCAUUGCUUCAAAAUUCAUUAAAAGAAAAGUUUGCACUGCUUUCUAAUUCUAAUCCAAUAGAUGCAUCAUCAUUAACACAUGCUGCCAUUAGAAUUGGUUAUUAUGAUGACGUAAUAGACACACUUUUUGAGAAAAUUGAACUAUCAAAUAAUGCAUUAGACAUUAUAUCUUCGUCACAAGCAAUUUGGGCAAUGACACAAGCUGGAUAUAAACCAUCAUGGAGUAAACGAGCAUUGGAAACUACACUUGUAAGUUUAAAUUCUGCUUCUGAUGACAAUGAUAGUAUAUGGAGAUUGCUUUGGUGUGCAAUAGUACAUAACGUUAGCAGCGAUCUCAUACUCCCGAUAGCUGAAUCAAUUACUAAUGAUUUACCCAAGGAUAUAUUUCAGGCACAGCAAAUAGCACUGGCCCUCGUUAAGACAGGGUUAGCUGAUGGAAAAUUUGUUUCUGAUGUUUGUAAACAAUUUUAUAACGAUAUUUUAGCUUAUAUGCGAAAUGACUUGUAUGAAAAUUUUGGAGUAAACAGAUACGCAAGAAAAUCAACUAGAGAUGACAGAAAGUUUAAGAUUAGGGAUAUUAACUAUGAUUUAUGGAUAUCUGAAUGUCUGAUUCAAUUGCAUAUACCCCAUACAAGUCUCCACGUCAUUGAAAAUGUAUAUAGGAUAUCAGCAGCAUUUCCUUCCCACGGAUUCAUUCUCGAUGUCAUAAGUUUUGAGGACACUCUUGCACCAAAAAACAUAGCCCAAGCAUCAUCUACACUAAGAAAAUCUCAACUAACGCUUUUAGGUCAUCUAAUAACAAGGAUAAAUUUGUCAGAUCUAUAUUCUGCAGUUGCUGAUAAAACUGCACGCAUGCUAAUAGCCAAAACUAUUAGCAGUUUUAGUUGGCAAGCAAGGGAGUUUUUGUCAUUCAAAAAUCCGAAUGAAUUUAUCCCCUCUUAUAAUCAGGAGCAAUGUUCUGAGUUUCAGGAUUAA